GAAGUGGGUGCCGGCGGCGCGAUGGCGGCGGAGGGGGACGUGGAGCUGGAGCUGGAGACGGAGCCCAACGGCGGGGGCGGCGGCGGCGAUGGGGCGGGCGGGCGGCAGGCCGAGAAGCCACGGAAGCACGACAGCGGGGCGGCGGACCUGGAGCGCGUCACCGACUACGCGGAGGAGAAGGAGAUUCAGAGCUCCAACCUGGAGACGGCGAUGUCGGUGAUAGGAGACCGGAGGUCCCGGGAGCAGAAGGCGAAGCAGGAGAGGGAGAAGGAACUGGCCAAGGUGACCAUCAAGAAGGAGGACCUGGAGCUGAUCAUGACAGAGAUGGAGAUCUCCCGGGCGGCAGCUGAGCGCAGCCUGCGGGAGCACAUGGGGAACGUGGUGGAGGCCCUCAUCGCCCUCACCAACUGAGUGCCAGCCUGGCACCGCCCUCGCCAGCGGAACACCGGGCCCAGGAUUGCCCCCGCCAGAUGGGCACCGGGCCCAGCACCGUCCUCACCACCGAGUGCUGGGCCAGAACUGGCUCUGCUGCAGCAGGCACGGGGCAGCUGGACUAGGAGUGGUACCAAACCCAAUAAAGGCACUGGUGGGAGCAGGUGUCACA